GUAUAAAAACAUAGUCAUUCGUUUGCUACGAACACCGGAAUAUAAAUAUCGUGGCUUAAGUUCUGUUUUGGUUUCCGGUUCGUUGAACCUCGCCAAGGGUCGUCUGACCAAGCUUGAGAAAAUAUUAGUCGCAGCUCAGUCGCCAUAUGAUUAUAGAGCAUGCUACUGUAAUUUCAUUUUCUAUCAGUGCUGCGAACGUUUAUCAAAAUUUUAUAUUUUUUUUCAUUUGCAUGGACCGAGUUGGAUCGAUAGCUUUAUCGAUCGAUGAAAAUAUAAAUCAGGUGAUGCACGCUAGAUGUCAGUCUACAUUUACAAAUUACGACGGUCUGCCAUACACUAUGUAGAUUAUCAAUUUUAUAAAUUGAACAUUUCGUUGUCAACAGAUUAUCAUUUUAAUAAAGUCCAUCAUUGAAUACAAGCGCGGUAUUCGCCGAAAUAGAAAAACCAAGCUUCUGUAUUUAUUUGAUCCGUUUCCGUUUGAUCACUACGAUGUCAGUGCUGGUAAGCCAAUAUUGCUGCAGGCAAGAAUUUCAAUUAGGCCACGGGAAUAGGCGGCCGUACAUGUGGAGAAAAAGGAAGCAUAGAACCAAUUUUAUAUUAUAUACUUACUCUAAAAUCAAGUUCCAGUGAUAACGAGGGAAAUUAGGUAUCAAAAUUGAAGUUCGACCAUCCCCAAGUUCCAUUUAAAAACCACUUAAAUCUAUCAGGUUUUUCUGUCGCCCCUCGGAAAAAGAGGAAGAAUGGACAAAGAUGGAGGCAUGAUGGUAGGGGAGAGAGAGAAAGAAGCAUGGAGUCGUAUCAGCAUGGUCAACGACCAACCGUUGGCGAUCAAAUCCCACAGACUGUGGCGCAUUAUCCCAGGCUACGCGCACCGAGAGAAUAAUUAUGGGCUUGCGCAGAUCGCUCGUCGGGGGUGGAGGGUGGGUGGCUAAGGAGAAAUAAAGCCCCGAGCCCAGCCGGUGAAUGCGGUCACGGAUAGCAAAAUUUCUCUCGGCUUGUUUAGUUCUUCCGGAAGUCAAGGAACACCCCGUCUGAACGCGAGCAAUUUGCCUUACUGUUUCGGUAAGCUUUGACACGCUGGAACAUCAGCAGCCGCUCGUGACGUUUUCCUGGAUGCUGAGGCAUGCGCCCUAAAAACUUCGGGAUUGAUGUAUUGCAGAGCGCAGAUCUGCAUUUAUUACCUGCUGUGGACAGUGACACUGAGUCUAAAAUUUACCCUACAACAAGAAAUUACUACUGUACAAAGUUGGGACUGCCCUGCAGAAUGUAUUUGUCUUUCUCCAAAACAGGUACUCUGCAAUACGGGUGGGUUAACAGAUAUUCCCACCAAGCAGCUGCCUCCAACGGUGGAAGAGCUCUCCUUAACGAAAAACAACUUCCCAAUAAUAAAAGGCGAUGCAUUUGCCGGUUUGAAGGUUCUGCAAAACCUGACCAUGGAUGGUAACAAUAUCUCGACGAUAAAGCCAUUCGCAUUUCGGGGUCUGAACAAGCUACGCAAACUCUCCAUUCAGUAUACACCUCUGCCGUACAUACAGGAGUUCUCGUUUGCUGCCCUGCAGAACGUAUCGGUAUUGAUAUUGGCAAAUAAUAAAAUUCGGUACAUAGAGGGCUACUCGUUCGCAGGGACGUCGAACAUAGGAGCAAUUCUGUUGAGCAACAACCCGUUACUGAGGAUCCAAAGCCACGCGUUCUCAGGCUUGACGAACGUGGUCUAUUUGAGUUUUCCAGCGGGUAUUCGGAUUAUCGAGAAGGAUGCGUUCGACGGUCUUCAGAAUGUUAAUAUGCUCAAGCUAACUUACAUGGACUUGUCUUCUCUUCAAUCGUACACCUUUCGCGGUCUUUCUUAUGUCCAUUCGUUGAACAUACACGAAAGCGACUUGGGGAUCGUCGAGAAAGACGCCUUCACCGGCCUAACUUAUGUCGGUCAACUGAAUAUACUGAAAAACAAAAUUGAUCUGAUCGAAAGACUGUUCUUGAGAUAUGAGAAUAACAUUAAUUUAUUUCGAUUUCACGGGAAUCACGUGCUGGAGGCACCGCGCCACUCUAAAGAUAUCAACCUUGAAGUGAACUCGAUCAGCGCCAUCGACAAUCACUUCCCUUGCGAUUGUCAAGCCCAUAACGUGCUUGAGAGUGAUUUUGUGAAUGGCACUGCUACCGAGUUCCAAAAAAAGAACUACUGUAUUUCACCGAUCGAGUACAAUGGGAAACCAAUGAAUUUCGUGGAUUUCGACCUGAUCGCCAGGUGCCAUGAUAACGUUAUGCAAGAUAACCUGGGCUCGGGUGUCGUCGGGAUCUUCACAUUGCCGACCACUCUCUUCUUUGUUCUUUUGUUCUCAAUGAAUCUCUUCCAAUGAGUCUGAAUCAAUUCUACAAUUUUACUUACAACGUAUUGUUGAGACUUAGUUCUCAGUUGCCAAAAGUAACUUUACAAAAUUGUCGUUCGUUUGUACAGAUUUCGAUUUUUGUGAAUUAUGAACGGUCUUUGUACUCGAGGGAACUAUUUCCAAUUAUCUAAUUUAAGUAUUUUCCAUUUAGGCAAUUUUUGAAAGUAUAAGAAAGUUUUACAUAGAUCAAUUUAAUAUGAGCUGUUACGGUUAAAUUAUUCUAUAUAGAACAAAUAAUUUUGCAUGAUACGAAUGUGCAAAUUGAUAUUUUGUUUCACGUAAAACGAAAAAAACAGUGACUGUGCGAACAGUUGAUCACGGAAUUGUAUUGUUUAAAUAACGAUUCACUAAUCUUGUUCAUCCGAUGAUUUGAAGAAGUAAACUUUACAUGAAUUAUUGUUAUUGUAUUUCUGCUUUAUAAAACAAUUAUCAAGAACUCUUUCAGACAUUCACUGUAAUCAAUUAUUGUAACUCGCACAAUUUUAAGCAUGCGACUAUGAGCUUUAAACUGAUCUGUAUAACUGGAUCAGCCAAACUGCAUCCAUUUUGGAUUUAUUCUGUAAAUUAGAGGUGAUUGCAAGUGAGUGAUCAGCUCACGUUUGCCACCUCAUAUAACGUUAACCCUUUGUUUUGUUCGUUCCUCUCUUUCCAUUUAAAUAAUUAUGAAACUAAUUCUACUCUUUAAAGACAUUUCAUUUUAAUACUUGUAGAAUAUAUUUAUUUUUAUAAAUAUUUAUUAAAUUCUUUAGUUUUAUACGCGUUACCAUAUAUAGAUGAGUGAAAUAUCUCCAUUUGUAUUGCAAUGCAUAAAACAAAGGGUUGACCACAAGAUUCGAGCAAAUAAAUCUCGUCGAUGAUGAAAGUAUAUAGGAAUUAAGGAUUAAAUAAGUUAAACUUAUAAAGAUCCUUCGUUAAAGGAUUGAAAUUCGCGGAAUUUGGAGCGGACAAAUAGCGGUGACUUAUGCUUGAUCUUAGGAAGAGUUAACUUCUUGCUAUAAAGAAUUAAUUAAAUUAUAAAACCAUGGCACUUCUUUCUACAAUUAUAGUCCAAUAAAUUAAGACAUUUGCAUCUUAUAUAUUCACCUCGCUAUAAAUAUAAUUAGAAGAAUCAAUCUCUAUUUCGUUACAUUAUUCUAAACUAUUGAUUUUUGUUAUCUAUUCUAUUUAUAGAAAUUUGUUAUCUGGGAGUUAAUUCAUCCUAAGGUUGUUCUACGUGCGCGUAGUCUUCCUUGCAUAAACAAAUCACUUUCGUAUAGUCAAAUUUGUGACACGUACCGGUGUACCCUAGGUCUAGUAGGUACUUUAGAGAAUUUCUUUGCGAAUCAUAAGCAGUAGCUUGGAUUCCGGGAACAAUUAUUGUCUUCGUUUAAAAUAUUUUCAUACUCCUGCUACAAUUCAUUUUUCGACCUAAAUUUACAACAUAACUUCUCCCCGAUAUUGUACACACCUAAACGUUUUGCGGGCAGUAUUCAAUAACUUUCUAAAUUUUUGCUCCAAAGCUUUCAAGUAUUCGUAUCACUGGGCUAGAAUUACAUUUGUGGAACGUCUCGUUGUUAUUUCUUUGGAGAUCGAUCGUUUGAAGUGGGGUAAACGAACACUACACUUUUAAUUAUGGAAAGAAUAGGGAUAAAAGGGAAAUGUUUUUCCCCUUGUCAUUUAUAAUGUAAAAUCUGCGUGGCCUUCGGUCAGCAUAGUAACCGAGGACCAAACUAGCUUAUAUUUUUUACCAACAUCUAACACGUAACGUAUAACAAAAAACAAUAAUUAGAAACUGUAACCUUUUAUUGUAGUUAGAACAGUCUGUCAUUUAAUAAACAAUAAAGAGCGAGUUACGUGUAUCAUUCAAAAGAGCAAGUAAAUAUUAAAGUAUGAAGAAAAAAAAAAUGAAAUCUGUAACAAUGCACCCUUUUUAUUACAAGAAGAGCACACAUCAUUUUUAUACUAGUCUUAUUUAAUCAUACGCAAAUAUUAAUGUAGGGGAACUGUCUUUGGUGGAGGUGCUUUUGAAAAUUCCCCCACGGUUUCCAUGUACUCGUUAUGAAACCUGUAUGGGACAAUCUCCCAAGCCAUCCUGGAUUCCAUAUCUACCGGUGUAAUGCCCAAGUCCUCUAACGUAGGUAAAUCCGGGUAUACUACAUCAGUGGCAUGAUACUGUAAAAGAUGAAUAAAAUGUUAUUUAUUU